UGCUUAAUCCGUGCUCAUCCGAAGCGUGCCGGGGUUCCUUUCUCCCCCUCCCUCCUUGCCUCUCUGUUCAUAUAACCCAGGCUGCCUCCAGCCAGCCUUUGCCCACUCGUCUCGCUGGUCCUGAGCACACAAAGGUGCAGGGCGUUUCUGAGAAUGAGCACCUUCUCUGAGACAGCAUGGCUCUGCCUGGCUGUCCCCGCAGCGCUGGGAGGAAUAGUUCUUUACAAACUCAAGAAGAGCCCGGGGCAGGUGGGGAGGAAGGUGGUCUGCCUGGCGGGCCUCUGGGCAGGGGCUUACCUGCUCAGCCUGUCCCUCUUCUGGGGCUGGGUCCUCUUCCCCCUGUCCUGUUUCCUCAUGUGUGCUUACUUAUCUGGCCACGAGUUUUUACCUGUGGAUCAAAAGGCGGUGCUGAUCACAGGUGGUGAUUCUGGAUUUGGCCAUGCCCUGUCCAAAUAUCUGGAUGAGCUUGGCUUCACGGUAUUUGUCGGAGUUCUGAAUGAAAAGGGACCAGGAGCAGAGGAACUGCGAAGAACCUGCUCCAAGCGCGUUUCCGUGCUCCAGAUGGACAUCACCAACCCGCAGCAGAUAAAAGACGCCCACAGCAAAGUGGUGGAAAAGGUGCAGAACAGAGGACUGUGGGCUGUGGUCAACAAUGCUGGGAUCAUUGGCUUACCAGCGGAUGGGGAGCUCAUUCCCAUGACUAACUACAAACAAUGCAUGGCCGUGAACUUCUUUGGGGCCGUGGAGGUCACAAAGGCAUUUUUGCCUCUUCUUAGGAAAUCCAAGGGGAGGCUGGUGAACAUCAGCAGCAUGGCAGGAGGGGUCCCAAUGGAGAAGCUGGCAGCCUAUAGCUCAUCCAAGGCAGCUCUGACCAUGUUUUCAGCAGUCAUGAGACAAGAGCUUUCCAAAUGGGGAGUUAAAGUCUCUGUCAUCCAGCCUGGAGGCUUCAAAACAAUGAGAAGGUGGCCAUCUGCAAACCAUGAAGGAAACUUUCUCCAGACCGGAUCUGCAAGCACCUUGAUCUUGGACUUCUCAGGCUCAAGAACCAUGAGAAAUAAACGUUUGUCAUUUGGUGGCUCAGCCUGAGGUAUUUGUUAUAGCAGCCCAAAGUGACUAAAACACACUGACUUGAGUUCAAACUGUGAGCCUGCUGUUAAACAGUUGAAUGAUCUUAAGCAAGCUGUUAAACUCCUCUGCAUCUUAGGGUCAAUUUUUUCUUUUUACUCUAGAAAUAGGGGCAAUGGUAAUAUUAAUCUCAUACAGUUGUUGUGAUGAUUAAAUAGGAUAAUAAUGCAAAGGAUUUAGCCCGUGCCUGGCAUUUAACAAGGGCCUAUAAAUGGAGUGAUAGUAAGUGUUUCCUCCUUGCCAUGGGAGAGCAUUUGCUAUGGACAAAGGUCACACUGGUGUGUCCUUUCUUGCUGGAGGUCAGAUGUUGGGAACACCAAUAUGGCUCUGCAUUUUUGCAGCCAUAAGUUUCAGAACGUUCUGAUCCAAACAGGGGAUUUCACUGCCAAUUGGCUAAUGUUUGUCCCUUCCACAAGAACACAACAAGUCUUUCAUGGACAAACAAUGAAGUUUAUACCUCCCACUCUUCCUGAUAAGAAUCCCUACUGCCUUCCCUUUUUUUUUUUUUUAAAGCUGAUAAUCAUCUAUGGCUUUCUAUGUGCAGGAGCUCUGUUGAACAACUUACUUGGAUUACCAAAUAAAUCCUCCCAUUUACCCUGAAAAAUGUACUAUUAUCAUCUCCUUUUUUAAAGAUUAAAUAAAAAUU